AUGGACUCCGGCGAAAGCACAAAGGAAGAAGCCAAUGGCACACAAGGAGAUAUAGACUCCGGGGAAAGCACAAAGGAAGAAGCCAAUGGCACACAAGGAAAUAUAGACUCCGGGGAAAGCACAAAGCAAGAAGACAAUGGCACACAAGGAGAUUUAGACUCCAAUGAAAGCACAAAGGAAGAAGCCAAUGGCACACAAGGAGAUAUAGACUCCAGCGAAAGCACAAAGGAAGAAGCCAGUGGCACGCAAGCAUAUAUAGACUCCAGGGAAAGCACGAAGGAAGAAGCCAAUGGCACACCAGGAGAUAUAGACUCCGGUGAAAGCACGAAGGAAGAAGCCAAUGGCACACCAGGAGAUAUAGACUCCGGCAAAAGCACAAAGGAAGAAGCCAAUGGCACACGAGGAUAUAUAGACUCCGGCGAAGGCACAAAGGAAGAAGUCAAUGGCACACAAGGAGAUAUAGACUCCCGCGAAAGCACAAAGGAAGAAGCCAAUGGCACACAAGGAAACAUAGACUCGAGGGAAAGCAUAAAGCAAGAAGUCGAUGGCACACAAGGAGAUAUAGACUCCAGCAAAAGCACAAAGGAAGAAGCCAAUGGCACACGAGGAGAUAGAGACUCGAGUGAAAGCACUGAGGAAGAAACUGAGAAGUCGAAAGCCAGUGGAGAAAGUUGA